AUGACCACCAAACCUUCUGAUGCCCCUUGGGCCGACGAGCCCUUCGGCCUGAUUACAACACCAUCAAUGUAUCUAACUGAUUCUCAUUCCUACCUCCGCCUUGCUUCAGAUAUGGCACAUGCGCACAAUGUCCUCAUACGGGGUCUGAAUGCAAUCCUACAGCAAGCUCCACACGUAGCAGUAUCGACCAAGAAGAACUACAACAAGCAGGACAUCAAAGACCUCCUCUUUUACGUCCAUUCCUGGACCAAGACAGUAGAUCACCACCACUGGGUAGAAGAGACGUUUAUAUUUGGAGAGAUAGAAAAAGUUAGCGGCAAGCCUGGCCUCAUGGCCGAGCCCAAGAGCCAGCACGAGGCGUUUCACGGCGGCAUCGAGAGGCUGUCGGCGUAUGCAUCAGCGACGAAACCCGACGAGUUCCAAUGGGAGGGGCCGGGGGGAAUGAAGGAGAUCAUCGAUUCGUUUAGCCAACACCUGACCGACCAUCUCUACGCUGAGAUCGAUACAAUCUUAGGACUUAAGUUCAUGGACAGCCAGGCUUUGAAUAAUAUCUGGGAUCAAGCUGAAAAAGUGGCACAGCAAGCUGGAAAUCUCGGGAUGUUGUAUGAUGUGUUUCCCUGCGUACUGGGAUGCGCCGACAAGACUUAUGAAGUCGGAUACCAAUUCCCCCCGUUGCCCUGGAUAAUGCCUUACUUGGUCAAAUACUGGUUUGGCGCUGGGAACGGGGCCUGGAGAUUCAAUCCCUGUGAUUGGUGGGGCAAGCCACGACCCUUAGCAUUCAACGCUCAGUCCGCAAGUGCUUCUAUGUUGUAG